AUGGACUUAACUUCUCCUGUGCUCGGCUACACAACACAGUGUACCUGGAGCUGCCCCAGCUCUGACUCAGAGUUUUAUAAUAUCUCUUCUCCGGAGGCAGAUUCUUCAUCCUCCUACAUGGAGUUCUCACCUUCCAGUCAGACCCACAGUGGAGCGGCAGAGUCCAAUCGCUCCAUGCAGUCUGGAGAAACCAAGGCAUCCACCUCCCUGCACCCGGGUGAGGAGAACAUUCGCUCCAGAGGUAGACCGCGGAGGAGUCGCUCCAAAAAUCGCAGCAAACAGCGCGAAAGUGCCAGCGAGAAGGAGAAGCUAAGGAUGAGAGACUUGACCAAAGCUCUUCAUCAUCUAAGGAGCUACCUGCCUCCCUCCGUCGCUCCAGCCGGACAGAGCCUGACUAAGAUAGAGACGCUACGUCGCACAAUCCGCUAUAUCUCUUACCUGUCCGCUCAACUGGGCCUCAGUGAAGAGGUUUUGGGUCAGAGGAAGGACAUGAUAGUUUCAAGAUGCCAAAUGUCCAGUCAAAGUUCGCUAGAGGAGUUUUGCCCAUACACCUCCUCUCCAGGCUUCUGGGGAUCAGGAGAAGACAUAGCACUGAAUGCAGGGCCAAGUCAGGGUGCUGUUGGACCAGUAAACUCCUUCAGGAAAAUUGGUAUGGAACAUCACCAGUUCAGCAUGGACAUACCAUCUUAUGACAACUCUUUCAACUCCAGUAUGGAUUCUCUUCUUGAAAGCUCUCUGUAUGCAGAAACAUCUCCAUCAUGUCAGGACUAUAGCAAAGCUGUCCAUUACCAGAGCUUUACCCCAGAGUUCUGGAUUUGA